AUGGCUACUCCGUCCCUUCAAGCGUCUGCAUCUCCGUCGCUCCUGCGGGAAACGUUCGUAGGCAAGACCCUCAGCGAAGUCCCCGCACCGGCCGUGAUCCUGGAUGCGGCGAUCGUCCGCCGAAACUGCGCCUUGAUGCUUGACGCAACGGACGCACUGGGAGUGGACUUUCGAGCGCAUGUAAAGACGCACAAGGCGGGCGACGACAUUCGGAUCGAGGGCAAUCAGGCCAAUACAAGUCGGCCUAUCAAACUAAUCGCAUCGACCGUUACGGAGAUUGAACACCUGUUACCAUGGCUGCAGGAAUGUCGAUCUCAAGGACGAGAGGUCAACGUUCUCUAUGGCGUUCCUGUAGCUCCUUCUCGGAUUGCACGUCUAGCCACGUUGGCUACCGCCUUAGGUGAAAACUCUAUCGGCGUCUUCAUCGACCAUGCAGAGCAAAUCCGAGCCAUCGAGACCGCGCUCGAUUCCGAACGCAGCAGUAUGUCUUGGCCCGGCAAGGUACCCUUACACGUUCACAUCGAUGUCGGUCACCACCGCGAAGGCGUCACGGCGGAUUCUGCGCAGCUGAAAGCCAUCGCGAAUGCACUACGAGCAUCCAGGAAGUGCGUGCUAGGCGGCAUUUAUGUGCAUUUGGGAAACUGUUAUAGUGUUAGCAGCCCAGCCGAAGCUUUGGAAUGGAUGGGCCGGGAACUGGAAGGGCUUCGAGAUGGUGCCGUGAAGUUCAUCGAGCUGGUCGGAGAUAUUGAAAGCGUCAAAGGUCAGCACGGUAGACUCGCAUUGUCGCUGGGCGCCACGCCCACAACAGCCUCAAUACAGAACCUUCUCCACCUUCCAGCGGACAGCGUCGGCGAAGAUUCGGACGACCUCCGCGCUGCCAGAACGUACCGCGAUCUCAUUAGCAGCACGAAUAAAGACUUUGCAGUCGAGUUCCAUGCAGGCGUCUAUACAACGCUCGACAUGCAACAGCUUGCCACGCGUGCGCGACCAGAGUUUUCCCCAUCAGAUCCCAAACAGAGCCUUGCGACCUUUGCGAACAUAGGUAUUCGCACGAUGGUGGAAGUGGCAAGCGUGUAUAAUGAUCGUGGUGCCACCACAGGGAAGCAAGAAGCUUUAAUCGCUGCAGGUUCGCUCGCCCUAGGUCGAGAGCCGUGCAAGAGCUAUCCUGGAUGGGGCGUCGUCAGUCCCUGGGCAGGAAAGGAACAUAAAUCAGCCGCUGCCGAACAAGGAAAUGCGGCGAACAUCUACAACCCAGCUCUUCCCGAAGAGCAACGCGAGGGUUGGAUAGUUGGUCGGAUCAGCCAAGAACAUGGAAUCUUGACAUGGGAAGGCCGCUCGGAAAACGUGCGGCCGCUGGCAUUGGGAGAGAAAUUGCUGAUCUGGCCGAAUCAUUCGUGUAUUGCUGGUGCAAAUUUCGGCUGGUACUUGGUUGUGGACUCGGACAAGGCUGACCCUGACCGGAUCGAAGACGUUUGGAUCCGGUGUCGUGGAUGGUAG